AUGGAAGAAUAUAGACAUCAAGUUGGGGGUCAUUGCAAGUUGAUCAAACCCAAAGAUUCAUCAAAAGUUUACAAACCGCUGAUAGAAAAUGAAUAUAUAUUUUAUGAAAAAUUAAAAAACUUUCACUCUUCUUCUGCAGAAUCUAGCCCUUUACAAAUAUUAAAAAAAUUUAUUCCGAAAUUUUAUGGUGUUGUAGAUAUUGCUGUCGAUUCUUUUUCUGACUUAAGUAGUGAAACAUUGAGGAAGAAUUCAAAAAUGGUAGAAAAAUCACAAAAAAAAAAUAACAUGAAAUAUAUUCGAGUUAAUAGGAAUGAAAAAAAGAAAGAUUAUAUAUGCCCCAAUGCAAAUUGUGGUUAUACUGAAACAGAGGCACGCUGCAAUGAUGAAAGUAUUUGCGUAAAUCUGAAAGAGGAAAUACAUAAUAUAAAAUCUGGUGAAAUAAAUGAUUCUAACAAAUGUGAGAAUGAACACAUUUAUAUAAAUAGUUACAAGAAAAGCAAUGAGUAUAAUAGUGAAAAUGAUGGUGACAUAGCAAAUCUGAAGAAUGAGAAAAAGUGGAUUCCACAUAUUAUUUUGGAAGAUUUAGUAAAUGGGUUUAAAAGGCCAUGUGUAUUAGAUAUAAAGAUGGGAAAAAGACAACGAAAAAUCGGGGCAUCAUUAGAAAAAAAGAAAAGACAAGUUGAAAAAAGCUUUAAAACAACUAGCCAUUCAUUAGGGUUUCGAUUAUGUGGAUGCCAACAUUAUAAUAAAUUACAAGACACAUUAUUUUAUAAAGAUAAAUAUUGGGGUAGAAGUUUAAGUAAAGAAAAUAUUCCAUGGGCAAUUAGAAACUGGUUUUGGAAUGGAUCAUUAUUAUAUGAUGAACUAAUUCCAAUACUUUUAGAAAAAUUACAUGUUUUUUUUAAUUGUAUUGUUGAAUUAAGACAUUAUAGAUUUUGGUCUUCUUCUUUAUUAUGGGUUUUUGAUGGAGGUUUAAGUGAUAAAAAAGAAAGAUCAAAUUCGUUAGAUGUAAGAAUGAUUGAUUUUGCUAAUACGAUAUAUUUACAAGAUAACCCUUCUGUAGAUGAAGAAUAUAUUUUUGGAUUACGGAAUUUAAUUUAUUUUAUCCAAAUAUUAUAUAAUUGCAUACAUAAUAUAUAUUUUCUACCUUAUGAAAUUAAUGCUUCUUUUUAUUCUGAAAAUUAUGAACUCACAAAAAAAGAUAAUUGCAUUCAACCGUUUUAUCAUAAUAUUGUUAAAGGGAGGAUAAAAUCGGAUAUUGCUGAUCAAAUUAAAGAGACGAAAAAAAAAAAAAAAAAAAUUAAAAUCAAAAAAUUAAAACAAAAAAAAAAACAAAUUGAAUCCAUGAAUAUAGAAUUUUUAAAACAAAAACAAAAUUUUGAAAAUGGAAAUUAUGGGAAGUUACAAAAUGAUACAUUACUGGAAGAUGUAUCUAACGUUCAAAAAGUUAAUAAAUAUAAAGAUGUUUGUAAAACUGAAAAGUCUGAAGUUGAUGAUAAUAUUAAUCAACCAAACAAUUUGAGUAAUCAUAAAAUAAAAUGUUCUUAUUUUAUUAAUAAUGAUAAAUAUUCAUUUCUAGAAGGAGUUCUAAAUCGUAAUAGUUCUAAAUAUGUUAUGAAUAAAAAUAGUUACAAUACUUCGAAUUCUGCCGUUUAUUCUGCUUCAUACAUUUCAAAUAACGAUAGAGGAAAAAGGGAUGAUAAAUAUCAAAAGUUAGAUGAUUAUCAAUUUAUCAGAAUUUUGGGAAACAAUGAAAAUAAAAAAAUUAAUAAAGAGAAGACAAAUAUAGAAAUAAAUAUAAAAUCCAUAUUGAAUGAUAAUCAUAUAGACACAUUUGAUUGGAAAGAAAAUAAAAUUAUAGAUGUCGAUGCAAAAAAUAAGGAAAUUAUAAAAAUAUUGAAUACAAAAAUAAAUAAUUACAAUGAAAAUAUCAAAAAAGAAAUUAUAUUUGAUAAAUUGAAUGAAGAUAAAGAAAAUCAGCUGAAGAAUGAUCCCAAAUAUACAAACAAUGAACAAAGCAAAAUCGAAAGUGAUUCAAAAGUGCAAAUAAAAAGAAAUAUAAAUAAGUUUAAUUUAUUACAAAAAAGUGAACAUAUAGAUAACCCUUACAAUUAUGAAGAGGUUAAAUCAAAAAAAGAAAAUAAUGAAAAUAACAUAAAUAGGGUGAUGAUUCAAUGUCUAAAUGAUAAUAAAAUUUAUUCUAAAAAUUUGACUGUAAAAAAGUUAUGCUCAAAAUUAUCAAAUUUGUCAAUUUAUGAAAAUUCUAAAGAAAAAAAUAUAAAUACGUUAGAUUUCGCAUACUUAUCAUCACUUGCAAAAAUACCAAAAAUCUGUAAUACAAAAGUAGCAUUAAAAAAUAUAAAUUGUAUUUCAGAUUCUUUUUUACUUUUUAAGAAAAGCUUAAAUUUGAAUAGUCUUAAAAAAAUUGUAAAAAAAAAAAAAUUUCAAAUGUGCGAAAAAUCGGAUUCAUGUACAGAUGUUUUUAUAAGUAUAAAAAAAGACAAAAAAAAAAAAAUAUAUUAUGAAAAAAAAAUUAAUAUGCAUAUUUUAAGAAAAUACAAUGAGUUUUGUGAUAUUAAAAGAUUUUCCAAAUCAAAAAAUCAAAUGAACUAUUUGCGUAGUAAUAAUAUGCCCAAUAGUAGACAUACUAGCAUUUAUAAAAAAAAUAAAAUCUAUAAUAAAUUUUAUAAAAUUAAUAAAAAUAAAAAAAUGUAUUAUUCACAUUAUAUUAAUAAACCAUUAGAAGAAUUCAAUGUUUAUUCAGAAUAUAAAAACACUAAUAUCUUUUUUAUUGAUGAUGCUAUUUUAAAUCAUUCGAAAAAACAAAAUAUUUUUUUUAAUAAGCACAUUGAAUAUGAGUUAAAACGUAAAAAUUUAAUAAUCCCUUUAACAGAAACAAAUGAAAAUUAUAAAUAUAUUCGUAGAUCUUUAUCUGAACCUAAUAUUUAUAAAUUUACUAGAUUUGCAUAUACCUCUAAUAAUUUUAAUACUACAGAAAUCCAUUAUAGUAACUUAAUAAAAAAUAAAUUAAAAAAAUUAAUUAAAGUUCCUAUAUAUGGCCAUAUUUAUGGAUUUAUUUCAAGCUCAACUAAUGUUGAUUAUUUUUCGAAUUGCUCUAUAAGUGAAUAG